GCCCAGUAGCAAGCGCGUGUCCACUGUGGGGCGGCUGCAGAACGGGAGUGUUGUCCCUCGGCAGCGCCGCUCACCCUCCGCUCCACUUUCGGGUUCCGGGCGGAGCUGGACUCGUGCUAGCCAUGGCUGCAGGCCCGGGGGCGACCGCUGAUACGGGCUCUGCAGCUAGAAUUGGAGAGGAGGAAGAUGAUCAUGUCAAACCUUUUACGCCGGAGAAAGCAAAGGAAAUUAUCAUGUCUUUACAGCAACCUGCAGUCUUCUGUAAUAUGGUUUUUGAUUGGCCAGCACAACACUGGACUGCUAAACACCUUUCUGAGGUCCUUCAUGGCAAGCAGAUAAAAUUCAGGAUGGGAAUGAAAAGCACAGAUACAGUUCCUCAAUUUGAAACUACAUGUAGUUACAUAGAAGCUACGCUUGAAGAGUUUUUGACCUGGAACUGUGGCCACUCCUGUAUUUCUGGACCAUUUAGGGAUUAUGAUUAUUCCAAAUUUUGGGCUUAUGCUGACUAUAAAUAUGUUGCCAGCCUAUUUGAAGACAAGACAGAUAUUUUUCAGGAUGUGAUAUGGUCUGACUUUGGGUUUUGUGGAAGAAAUGGACGGGAGAGUACAUUGUGGAUUGGCUCCCUGGGGGCUCAUACGCCCUGCCAUCUGGACUCCUACGGUUGCAAUUUAGUGUUCCAGGUACAAGGAAGGAAAAGAUGGCAUCUCUUUCCUCCUGAAGAUACUCCUUUCCUAUAUCCAACUAGAAUCCCUUAUGAAGAAUCUAGCGUGUUUAGUAAAAUCAAUGUCGUCAAUCCUGAUUUAAAACGUUUUCCUCAGUUCCAGAAAGCUCGAAGACAUGUGGUUACACUGAGCCCAGGACAGGUUCUGUUUGUUCCCAGACACUGGUGGCAUUACGUAGAAUCCAUUGAUCCUGUCACUGUCAGUAUAAACUCGUGGAUUGAGUUGGAAGAGGACCACCAAGCUCGGGUCGAAGAGGCAAUCACCCGCACACUUGUGUGUGCCCUGAAAACUGCAGAGGAUCCACACAAUACCAGAGCUUGGUUAAACCCAACCGAGGUUGAGGACACAUCCCAUGAAGUCAAUUGUCUCUACCUAAAUAGAGCUGUUUCUGCCUUUUUUGAUCAUUAUGGAACAUCUAAGACAAUAGAAAUUCAAGCACUCAGAACAAACAGAGAGCACAUGAAAAAGGAAGAAUUAAAUGUGCACAACCUCAAGGAGGUAGAACAAACAGGUAGCCAGAACUUAACCCUGGGAACAGUAAAACAGGAGGCUGUAAGUCCCUUUGGCCCUGAUUUGGUUCCUGUAUUACCAAGUUCUGAAGAACCACCCUCAGAAAGAGGAGACAUAUUUAAAAAUGAUGGUAAAGACUUGGCUGGCAAAGAUGGAGAACAUGUUGGAAAAUUGCACUGCACCAAGCAGCAACAAAUGAUGAGUAAAAAUGAGAGUGCAGUUGUUCAACAAAUUGCUUCAAAUAGUACUGUGGCCCCCUCUGAAGCAUGCAUUUCUACAGAUGAUUUGCUGGACUGCUUGGUGCAUCCACAAGUAACCAGGAUAGUGGCACAACUUUUGAUACAAGGAAGAAGUUUAUGAUUGUAAUAGAAAAUGGUUUUUUAAAGAAU